AUGGCUACGCCCAAGCGCAACAUGCUACGCAACUCACGAAGCGACUCUUCAGAAGAAGAAGACGGGGCAGUUGUUCUUAUAAACUUUCCACCAAAGUUGCCAAACACUGGCAUUGCUAAUAAGUUUGGGCCUCUUUUUGCAUCAUCCACAUCCGCAUCUGUGGCCAUUACUGUUGAUGGAUUCGUUUCAGACGAGAAUGAGGAUCAAGAUGGAGAAGUACCAAAGGAACGUCGUGUCAGCUCUGGUUCUCUUAAUGCUAACCUAAACACCCUAGACACCGAUGCUAACCCCAUGUAUAUGUUCAAUAAUGAGGAUGCAGAAUUUCUUUCGCUGUAUGCUGACGAAGUCCCUAUAAGAAAUCCUAACCUUCCAUGUUGCAGCGAAGACGAGGAAGACCUUCUCAUUGAAGAUUCUAUUGAUAGAUUUGCUAUUGAGAAUGAUUCAAAACACGAUACCCAGUCCUAUCUUGCUGAAGAAGAUCUAGAUGAGGAGGUUGAAAGAUGGGAAUCGGCGAGGGCAAUUCAUGGCCAAGGCACUGGUGUAUAUGAUGCAUCUAUUCUGGAAAAUACACACUCAUCGACUGCUUCUCAACUGUUUGAUCCCACUCGCACCUAUGAUGGGCACAAUGCCCAUCAACCCCUCAGACUGAAAGCAAAUCAUCGUGGUAGCCGAUCCUUUGCCUCCUUUUCGACCUCCACCAUUGAUGUAGAGGAAAAUGAACAUAUUUUGAGUGGAAUUUGUGCGUUUUCUACCAAAACACUUUCUCGUCUCAACGACCAGCUCCAUUCUCUCAACUCCAGAGUGUUGGGUAUACAGAAGCGAAUCCAGGAGCUGCAGAAAAGUUUCUAA